CACUAUACUGCAGUCCCUUCCAUUGGUUACACUUGGCCAUUGUUAGGUGUUGUGUCAUAGCGAGUCAAUUUUUUGGCGCCGUUGCCGGGGAACUUUCUAGAGUAUUAGGAAAGGCAGAAGUUUGUUACUUUAGCGUUUUUAUUUUCUUUUCCACCCUUGCUUUUCACUUGGGUGUUUUUGUUUUUGUUGGUGCAGAUCUGAAUCAUGGAUCCUAAUGGCUUCUCCAAUCAUUGGGGGUAUCCACCACCACCCGAGUGGUAUUACCCCGAGACUCCCUGGAGCAAUCAAGGAGGAGAAGACUAUGGAUUCGGGUUCCAGUACCAACCCCCUUACUACGGAGAACAACCGGACCCCUGGGCAUAUCAAGAACAACUUCAUUACCAAGAAGAAUUUCUCCCACAACCAGAAGGGCCAUCGGCGCUGGAGUUACCCAUGGCGGCCUUCACGGGCCAUUCUGCAGAGCCAUGCUACACUCCACAGCCAGAUCCAACCUACGAUUUGAGGCUUCUUAUGGAGAGAUCAUGCUCCAGGAUGGAUCAUUGUGUCCAGGCCUUUCGUGAAACAGAGGAGAUCCUCCUGAGCCUUAAGAAGAGCGUCGAUGAUCUUGAGCGAUCUUGGGCACAACCUGCUCCAGAUCAACCUUCUGCUACCAUACAAGAAGAGGAGGAGGAAGAAGAAGGCUACAAGGACAUUGUGGAACACACAGAAGUUGUCACGGAGAGCUCCCGUGAUGGUCAUCAUCAGGAAUGUCCUGUCGUAGCCGACCACACCUUCCCACACCCCAAACUGAGCUUCGAAGAGGCGGGCAUGAGUGAGGAGAUGCAAGAAAAUCUCAUGAAAGAAAUUGCUUGGCAACUUGCUCUCCAAUCCGUGCUAGAAGAAGAAGAGCAAGAAAGGGUGCAGAAAGAAGUUGUGGAGGAUGACGAAAGUGAAGCUGGAGGAGUUCUUGAUCAUUUCCCAGGGGUGAUACCACAUGAAGAAGGAAGGGAGGUUGAAGAAGAAAUUGGCGUCCAGGCUGAGGACGGAGUUAAGGUGGAAGAGGCUUGCACCGGCCAUGAGUUACAUGUGAUAUCCCCACCAAACUUCGAGGAACUGCUUAGCAAGGACCCAUUUGCAGUGUCUCUUUGCCAGACCAAGGCCACAUCAACAUCGGUCCCUCUUGGUGGACGCGAUGGUGGCCAAUCGAUGUUAUCUUAUCUGGUUUGGGGCAAUGAGAUGAGAGAAGAGAAGAAGAGGUCUCGAGGGUGGAGACUUCAUCUGCAUCAAGUACAUGAGCCUUCAUCACCUGCCACACCACAUGCUCGUGACUUGAGACUCCACCUCAUCGACGAGAACCUCAACUUCAAGGAGGUUCUAGCAUGGACCGAAACUUAGGAGCCAUCGUCCGGCUCACGACGUGAAAGAAGCGCUUGUUGGGAGGCAACCCAACCAGUCGGUUUGCAUUUCUUUCUCUAUUUCUCCUCGGUUGAGUCAGUUUUGCUAUUUGAUUUUAGAGUCAAUAACUCAACCUUUGUGAGAUUUUGUGUGGUGUUUGUGUUCUGAUUACUCUCUCUUUCUGGAAUGCACCGCCUGACCCGUUCAUCAUCAUUCACCCUUGAUCUGGUAACUUCGUUCUACCCUCCUUAUCUUUCCUCCAUUGAGGACAAUGUCGUGCUUAAGUGUGGGGGGAUGUUUGAUUAUGUAUGCGGGUGAAUGUUUGGCUGUUUGUGUGCUUGGAGCCUAGGCCACUGUCCAAAUUUUUAAAUUUGAGGGCUCCAAGUACGUGUUCCUUGCAAUUGCCUGCUCAGUAUGCUUUGAAUUGACAGUCUUUAUAGUAAUAUGAAACCUAGGGAGGUAGUGUAGCACUAUGGAGGAUGUUGAUGCAUUUAAGAAGUCUCAUUUCUUCUUCAUAUUGUGUUGGUUGAUUGAGUGAAUUAGUGAUCUUAGGACCCUUGAAUUGUGUGGUGCUGUGGAUUCUCUGCCUGUCAUGGACUCUUGUUUCAUGUUUUGAGUUUAACAGGUGCUCGAAAAUGUGCUUCAAAAUAACGUCUCCCAUGCGAAUAGGGUGAAAGUGUGUAAGGGGAGACGGGAAUCCGUUCCCAAUUUCCACCUACUACCUCCAGCCCCCUUACAUGUCUUUCCCCCGCACGAGGCUCGAGACAUCCGCUCCUGGUAUGGCCGGUAAGAGCAGGUUGGGACCCUUGAAAAAUAAAAUAAAUAAAUAAAAAAAACAGAAAACAAGCAAAACAGAAUAGAAAAGGGGUUCCAACCAUCUUCAAGAAGAAAAUAGAGCACCUUGAAAAAUGUGAGUCCAUGAUCUUUUGUUUUUGAGAAUCUCUUCAUCCACAAUUCAUUUGUCCUCUGUUCACUAUUUGCCAUGAUGCCGACUCGAUACUAGUGCUCUCGCCGAAGAAGCUAUGAGAUGACUUGUGUGUCGGUUGGCCUCGUAAGCUGCUAAAUGAUCUAGGAAGUACUCUACCUACGAUCUGGGUUGUUUGAUAGACCGUUAGUUACACAUGUUUUCACCCCUGUUCUUACACCCUUUGAGAUGUGGUUUCUCGUGUUUUAGACCGAUUUCACGCUAGGUUGUGCUUUUUUGGGAUAUUUCAGGUCCUGGCAAGUGAAUGAAGGUUUAGGAGCGAGUUCGGGGUCGAUUGGGCGAAGAUCGGGCACGAGGCAUGUCACAAAGGAAGUCGCACGGGCACACCCACAACCCACACGGCCGUGCAAGUGACCAGUUUGGCCGUGUGGGAUUGUGUGAGAGCAAACACGGGCAGAGCAGAAAAUCCACACGGCCGUGCAAGGUGAGCUGCACGGCCGUGCGACCCUGGCCGUGUAAGAAGCCUAGAAAUCAACUAAUCGAUACGCUGCGUUUUGACUCGCACGGGCAACUAGGUGAGCUGCACGGCCAUGCGGCCUGCCCGUGUGAGUCGGAAAUUGCUGGUUAAAACCCGAUUUUCAGCCAAAGGAAAGGGGAGAGCUGGGUUUUGGAUCCCAAACACCCAAGGGACGAACCAAAGAGAGAGGGCGAUCUGAGGGCAUUCUAAGAGUGGAAUUGGAGGAUUUCUUCGCCUUGGAAGCUCGAGGAACAAGCCCGGACUUGAAGACUGAUCAUCUGAAGAUUCUUACUGCAGUCUCUUUCUUCUCUAUGGAGUAACUUCCCUUCACUUAGGUUUUGAGGAACCCUAGCUAUGUUUGUUUGAUUGGAUGAUUGUAUGAGUACUCUGACUUGAUAAUCUUGAGUUCAUAUUCAAUCUAUGCAUGUUUUCAUGAUUCAAUUCUGCUUAAGUCGAGAUUAUUGAUUCUGCUUCGAUCCUAUGAGAGGGAAUACCUGAUUAGGUCAAUAGAGCACCAUAGAUUGA